AUUUGUUUAUGAUUUGUGGCGUACGUCUCUCACGUGAAGAAGCGAGUCACGUGGAUGCCUUUUCAGGCCUCUCUCUUUUUCUUCUUUCAAUUCCUUAAUUUGUUUUCCUUAUAAAAGGGAAUUUACCCCAUCCCACGCUGACUCAUGAAUCGUAGCUAGAUCCCAGUUCUUGCCAGUUGGCCCUUUAACACCUUCUUCUAGCUAGUCCCCUCAUCCCCUCCCUAACCAUCUUUAUAGCUUGGUUCUUGCACUCUCUCUCUCUCCAUCCAUGUCCCCAUUCUAUAUGAACAAAUUUUCUGCCAUCCCUCUAGCAGAGGGAGAUCAAGAUCCAAGCCACCUUACUCCAUUCACUCUAGCAAGUGCUGCUUCUUCGCGCUCACGUCCCAUUCUCUUGAGCACUUCACAAGAACGAGGAGCAAACAAUAGAGAUCACGACCUCCUGCAGCAAGAGCCCGAGGAGCAUCUUUUCAUCAGUAAAUCCAGCGAUCCCCCGGUCACAUUUCCAACCAACUACAACAAUACCAUCGAGGAAUCUUCUCAUGAUCGACACGUUAGUCAGGAAGAUCUGCAUGGUCCCAGUAACUGGAUGUCUUCCAAGAUGCGAUUUAUGAGGAAGAUGAUGAAUUCAGAUCAUGUCGGCAAACCAAGAAGAAACAUGCAAAUACUUGAAGAUCGAGUUCCGUCAAACCAAGACAGAAGCAUAAGCAACAACACCAACGGCAAUUCCCCGGGUGGGAUCAUCAGAGUAUGCUCGGACUGCAACACCACAAAGACUCCUUUGUGGAGGAGUGGUCCUCGCGGUCCAAAGUCUCUUUGUAAUGCUUGUGGAAUAAGGCAGAGGAAGGCGCGACGAGCCAUGGAUACAGCAGCUGCAAGUGGUGGAAUAAUCCUUAGAGAAGCACAUAGUAAGAUGAGAAAAGAGAAGAAAUCAGAUGUGGAUCGCACCAUACCAUUCAAGAAACGGUUCAAGAUCGCCACCACCACCACUACUCAAAGGAAUCCACGUUUUGAUGAUGUUCUGAUUAGUUUAGGUGAUAGUUCAGCGGUCCACCGAGUCUUCCCACAGGAUGAGAGGGAUGCAGCACUCCUGCUGAUGGCUCUAUCUUGGGGCAUCAUUUGCAGUUGAUCAUUGGCUUCUCUUCCUUUUGUUUUCUUCUUAUCCCAUCUUAAGUAAUUUUUCUUUCUGUAGUCUGAUCAGCAUGUACGUAUGUGUGGAAUAUAUAAGAGUAAGAUGCGGCAAGACUGUAAAUUCAAGGAGCAUUUGGGUCUGUUAUAAUUUA